GAGCAGCAUGUGCGUAUGCUUGAGCUGACCAGCAAUAUAACACAUAUAUAAGAGAUGCAUGUAGAAAGGAAAGAGGCGGGUUACUGUCGGACAUGCUGAGUAUAGCUGUGCUUUAUUAUCAGCCAGCGCAGUGUGGCCGAAUGAUCUCUGAACCCAUAGAUUGAGCAACACGAGGAGCAGAAGCAGCAAGAGGGAGAGAGAGAGAGGGAGAGAGACGUCAAAUGUAGUGUGAAACAAAGGCAGGGCUGAAGCCGGUGCCUAGAGAAAGGGGAAGGCUAAGGUAGUAAGACUGGAGCGAUCAGAGAGCUGUGGAAAUAUGCCAGUGUAAAGAGGGGGGCAGCGGCGGGAAGGCAACUUCUGGAGUGGAGGUUUUUGGGGAGGAGUAUGAGAGAUUUGAGAGUGCGACAGAGGGAGGGUCAGCAGAGGCAAGGGUCUGCUUCAGAGGGAUUGUGGUGACAGCCAGUGCGAGGCAACGGGCACCCAUGUGAGACACCAAGGAAUUAAAGAAUACAAAAGAUCGACUGAAGGAUCAGGAGAAGAAGCAGCCAGAUUUAAAGCUGGACUUCAGAAUGGGCGUGAAGAGCAAGGCUGCGCUGGCCAUCGUUGUCUUGCUGCUCUUCCUCGGCUCUCUUUGGCUACAAGGCGGCCUGGACUACCACUGGGAUUCUUGUAUUAAGGGCUAUAAUCGUGUGAAUAAGCUCCACCAUCUGUAUAACAGCAGUGAGGCCACAGCUCUGGAUGACUCCAUGCUCAUCGAAUUGUGCCCUGGACAGAAGUUCCAGGUGUCUCUGCUGCUGUCCCACCUGCAGGCUGGGCCCACUGGCCCCUCAGACGUCCUACUGGAGCCCUAUCUCGCCAGCUGGGAUGAACUGGUCAAAUUUAUGGAGGCUCUGGGUUCAGUAGUGGGACUGAUUUCCAAAGAAAUAGAAACAAAAACUACUAUAAUCCGUCAGCUGGCAAGUUCACCAGAAGACGAUCGUGAGGCCGAACUGAAUCCUGAGAUCCUCCCCAUGAAGACAGAGGCAGAGCAGAAGCCCCCCACUCACACCCCUGCAUACCGCUCGGUGCGCUCUAUGAUCCAUGUUGAGCUGGAGAAGGACAUGGUGGAUUUCCAUCAGCAGACAGACUCAGGCUGUAGAACUUUGCUGCGCCUCCACCGGGCGCUGCUCUGGCUCAAACUCUUCCUGGAGAAACUGGCUGACACUCCAGCAACAGGCCGCCUAAGAAGCCCCUCUGACCUGUGCCGUGAGGCGUACCAAAAAAGCCUGGCCAAUCACCACACCUGGUUUGUGCGGCGGGCGGCGGAAUUGGCCUUCAUAGCCAUGCCUGAGCGCACCUUCUUCUUCAGGCUGGUGUGUGUGGAGGACCAGGUAGAGCUCAGCAUUGUGCUCACUAAAGUAGUCCAGGCUCUGGAGAAGGUCUACAACAGAACGCAGAUCGCGCUGGAAGAACAUGGUAUGCUGGAUUUGCCAUAAGAGCAACCAUUUUUCAUGUCUUUUAAGUGCCAUAUGUUUACUAAGUGCUGCAACAAUCAACGAGAGCCACUUUGCCUUGAGUGAGACAUUCCUCUCCAGUCACUGAGAUAAUAAGGUGGUCAUGUUAUGUUUUACCAUGAAGAUGCAUUUAAAGGCAGCUGAUUGAUUAUGAACUGUCUGAAAGCACUGUGUAUCCAUUAGAAAGGCACGCUCAUUGUAAAGUGGUCAGAAGAGGCCAGACCAACAUCAUGAGAUUCCAUAGUGCAAAAUACUUAAGCUCCAGGUUGACCCACAUUGUGAGGACCAUAAGUUCUGUGUUUUGGGGCACUCUACUUGACACACACAAGUGUACCUUCUUAAUGUAAAAGAGGUUGUUUGGGCCAUAUUUUUUCGAAGCAGUAUUAACAUAUUUCACACUGUUGAGUGAGCCUGAAUAGAUAAAUUAUUUCUAUUUAUCUAAAUUUAAAAUGCUGUUAAAAUAAUAGCAUCCUAUGUAAAGGAGUAUGCUACCUCAAGAAAAGGUUUUGUUACCUUAUAAUGGCCUAGUACAUUUACAAUGAAUAUACUGUAGAGUAAUUAUGUAUUAGCUGUAAAUUUUUACAAAGAGAAAUUGUAAUUGUAAUGUGCUACCUGAGUUUUGAUAUGUCAUUUUUAUAAAGUCUUAAAAAUCUCUGAUAAUAAACGGAAACCAGUUGUCAUGAA